AUGGCCCAUGACCUCGACUACACGUGCCGGCAAUACGGCAGCCAUGUGCUCCAGCGAGUCGGCGUAUGGCAACACAAGGCUCCAGCCCCCCAGCACGCGCCCUGGAUAGUCUUCAUCCACGGCGGCGCAUGGCGAGACCCACGCAACACCCUCGACGACUUUGCGCCCUCCAUCGCCCAUCUCCUCGGCGCACCCAUCCGCGCACCCAUCCGCGCCUUCGCCAGCAUCGACUACAGGCUGUCGCCUAGCGACGCCUAUCCGCAGCACCCGGCCGACACCCCCGAGCCGGAGCGGCGCACCGCCCGCCACCCGGACCACGUCGCCGACGUCGCCGCCGCCCUGCGCCUCCUCGCCGCCGAGCACCGCCUGGCCGACGACGGCUACGUCCUCGUCGGCCACUCGGCCGGGGCCACGCUGGCGCUGCAGCUCCUCAUGGGCGGCCAUGACGGCGGCCCCCCGGUCCCGCUGCCGGCCGCCAUCGUCGCCAUCUCGGGCAUCUACGACCUCGUCGGCAUCAACGCCCGCCGCGCCGGCUCCUACGCCGCCUUCAUCAGCGCCGCCUUCGGCCCCGAAGGCGACGGCGACGGCUGGCGCGCCGCCUCGCCGGCCUGCUUCUCGGGCAGCUUCCGCGACCGCUGGCCCGGCAACAACCGCCUGGCGCUGCUGGCGCACUCGCCCGACGACAGCCUCGUCGACGCCGCCGAGACGGACGCCAUGGCUGCCAAGCUGGCCGCCGACGGCGUCGACGUGUCCGUCGUCAAGGACCUCACCGGCGAGCACAACUUUGUCUGGCAGGACGGCGAGCAGGUUGCCCGGCUGGUGGGCCAGGUCCUCGCCCGGCUACGCCAAGGAAAGGCGGGCGACUAA